AUGAUUAUUGUAUUCCUAUAUUUUCAGGAACCAAUUACAAAAUAUUAUAAUUGGGAUGGAUUUAUUCUCGAUGAACGACAACUGAUACCAACGGCAACUGAAACUUGGGCUGGUAUACGGGUAGUUGCUGAUGCGGUCAUUGAACGAGCACAUCGAAAAAUUGCCAGAAUUAAUGGUACUAACAGAAUUUCCAAAAUUCCCGCUCGUCGCGAUACCGUCAAGCAGCAAUAUCGAUUCGGAAACGGCAGUACUGGCUCAUGUUAUGAUUUACGUCAUGCGUGUAAACGAUGGGUCCAAGAAAAAGAAUCAAUCUGCCAAACGGUACCAAUUUUCAUGCGAGAACAGUGCGCCUACUCAUGUGGUCACUGCUGA